AUGAGCUUAGCAGAUAUUCACAAGAGGCUGAAGGAAGCGAUAUACAACUACGGCACACCAGAGGCAUUCAUCACCUACGACAAGGUCCGAGAGGUAUGGGCCGGGGAUCGACUGGAGCGGUUUCUGAUGGCCCAUGAUCCAACUCUGCAUCCAUCACAGAUAGAUGAAGCUCGAGAGGGCUUGCUGCGUAUGAUAUCCAUCCUGGCCGGUGUCGUCCCCCGAGAUUGGUCAGGAUGGUCGAGGUUCAGACAAAUUUUCUUCCUGUCAAAUAAUGUUGACCGUGAUCGUCGCCGCGACAAAAAUAUUCCCGAGUUCACCAAAAAGGAACUUAAAGAUGACUCCUUUCUGGGGGAUACCAAUCUGGCUACACACUUCGUGGGUCAUAUGUGGACUUACUUUCCUAUAGUCCUCAAUGAGAAUAAGCAAGGGCUUUAUAAAAAACACGAACGGUUGCCGCUGUGUCAGGAGAAGGAGCCUGUCGUUCGAGAUGGUGGCUCCGGAGAAGUGACCAGGGAGACCAUACCUCCGAACCAUAUCAUCCUGGGCCAUGUCAGUGAUCACCGGGGUAUACCCGAGGCGCCCAAUUCAAGGGAACUCAUAGUUGCCCGGAAACGGUUCCCCGAGAAUAAAUUCCAGGUUGAAAGGAUGCAGUUGAAACUCCUCCGAUCAAGCCCGGCCAAGCACGACCGAAUCGUUUCCCAUCUUGCGAUGUUUUUCAUAGGAAAGGACUUCAACAUCAUCAUGCCAUGGGCCGACAUGGACUUGGAAGAUUUCUUGACCGGACGUUACAGAGAGAUGCCACGUACCUCAGACCUCCUGGGAGAUCUAAUCCAGCAGUCCAAAGGGGUUGCAUCUGCCAUUCACUUCCUACACAAAAAUCUCCAGCUAGAAGGCCAAGGGGAGGACCCUCACGACCUAGCAAUCUGCCACGCAGAUCUCAAGCCCCAGAAUAUUUUGGUAUUCAAGGACGAGAGCUCCUCUACUGGGGUUUGGCGGAUUUCCGAUUUCGGCGCCUCACGAGUAGCAAAUCGUGCUGUAUCAGGGACUGGGAGGCGUGACUCGGGAUACUCCGCUAGCCCGGGUGCCAAACCUCCAAGAGGGGGUCCCUAUCGGGCACCAGAUACUAUUUCUCAACGAAGAAGCGACAUCUGGUCGUUCGGGUGCAUACUAGUGCGCGUUUUUGCUUUAGGACUUGAUCCUGAAAGUCUACCGGGAUUUGAUGAAAGGCGAAAGGAAUGGCCCGACGGACAAGGCUUCGACGACUCUUUCUAUCGAGGAAAACCCCCAGCUCUUAAUGUUAAUGUCAAAACUUGGAUUGAGGAGUUGCCAACCCGAUAUCGAUCUUCCCUCAGGCCUGACGUCUCGGAGAAAAUGCAGGAUCUUCUAAGCUCAAUGCUUCAGAUAGAUGUCCAGAACCGCGCAACGGCACCUGAAGUUCGAAUCGGUUUAAAAUCACUUUUGAACUCUCACAAACUUCCUAGAUCCGAUGCGGCACCGUCUACUCAGAUUAAUCUGCGAGGCUCACUAAGCGGAGCUUCAACCAUGUCAGGCAUGUCUCAAAGCAGCACUGACUGUACCAGUAUCAACAUAAGUCACCCACCUCGGCCAGUAAAAGACGUGGGUGUUCUUGUCAAUGUCAUGAAGUCUAGGGACAUGAAGCAAGUCCGUCAAAUUCUGGAAGAUGAGGUUGAUGUCGAACAGACCUACGAGGGUGACCGACCUUUGAUCCAUGCUAUUAAGAUGACCAAUGCUGCUAUGAUCAAAGAGCUGUCCAAGUACCAACGAAGAUCUCACAACCGAAACCUGGACGUACGAACCGUUUCGUCUGACAAUCAAACGCCACUCUAUCUUGCCGUUUGCAAGGGUGAUAUCGACACUGUGAGAGCUGUGAUCGAUACUGAACUCGAUGCUGAUAUCGAUGUGGAAACCGGCUCGGACUCCAACGCCGAUACCGAUACUUUAUUGAACGAACUGUGCGAGGGCAAGACUCCGCUCAUGCAAGCAUCCUUCCUCGGCCAUGCCGGUGUGGUCUCAUUACUUUUGGAGAAAGGUGCAGACCACAGAAUAUGCGUGCAACAAGACAAGUUAAACUGCCUACACUUUGCGGUGAAUUCCGGCAAUUGCGCCCAAGCAGAUGUUAUCAAGGCCUUCGAGCGCAAGAUGGUAUUUGAUCAGCUCCCGCCUGAUACUACAGUCGAUGGUGAAGGGGCUCCAUCGAAACCGAGACCAUAUGAGACGCCGAUGAUGCUGCACAUCAAGCUCGCGUCGGGGGAUUCAUAUAGCUCUUUAGGACCGGACUCUAUUUGGGGGAGAAAGUUCAAGGCGCUGUUGGAAGGGGGAGCAGAAGUGAAUAGAACAUACAACUCAGGACUCCCCGCUUUGGAAAAGAACUCUUUGGAAUUUGCUGUACGGGAAAAGAAGCCCGUACUCGUGCGGGUGCUUAUUAGUGCAGGUGCAACCCUUCCACUGGGCUACGUUAUACCACCAGGGAGCUCUCAUGAGAUGAAGAAAUUGCUCAAGAAUGUACCGAGAGAACGUCCGCCCACCAGAUCUUGA